UGUGUGCGAAUGCACAGACGGUUCACUAGUAAUUUGAUGUGUGUCCCCGGGGACAUUUGAUGGAUUAAAGCUAAGCAGCUCCAUUUCGCAGCACCACCUGAUCUUCCACUGCCUGUGCCCCAUAUAAAGGCUGGCGUGAUUGCUGAUCUCAGCUAGUCUGACAGUGUCUCUCUCUCCCUCCCCUGCGCCUGUCUCCAUCUCUUCUCCUCCUCACUGGUCCUUUAAGCCGGCUGCAUCACAGGAGCUAUCCAGUGCUGAACAGGAUCAUUUUUAUUUAUUUAUUUUUGCAUUUUUCCGGGGGAAGCUGGGGGAGCCAGAGUGCAUUACACAGCAUUGCCGUCAGCGCCGUUCACCACUGGGUUGCGUUUUUUUUUUUAACAUCUUAUGUUUUUGGCCACAGUCUCCAUCACAAGGAUUACCGUAAAGCCAGCUCUAUCGGCGUGCUCUCUCAGAAGGUUUUUGUUUUUUGCUCAUGCGUUUUCCGCCGCUCUGUGUUAUUAUCCAUUGAAACAUGCCCCGCUCAUUUUUGGUGAAGAAGAUCAAGCUUGAUGAUUUUUCUUCAUCCAAUGCGGCCACCAACAAUCAUCAUCACCCCCUCGACGACUCGCUCACUUUUGCGGGCUCCAUCACAGACUCGGUAACCAGCCUUGGUGUUCGUCUGAGUGAGAAUGGCUACAUCCAGGAUUACAUCACGCCAUCUGCAUACCAGGGGGAGAAGAAGAUGGAGCACAAGCCGGUGUCAGACCCGCUGUACACCCACGUGAGCAGCGGCGGCGAGUACUGUGACCCUGAUCUGAAACACCCCGACAGCCCCCAGUCAGGCAUGACCGCCAGCGGCUUCUACAGCGGUGAAUCGGAGGCCCUGUCUGAGGGUUACACCAUGGAUGCCUUCUUCAUCUCUGACGGGCGCUCGAGACGGAAGGGAGACGGCGAGGGACGCGAAGCGCGCGAGGGGGGUUCAAGAAGCAGCAGUGCCAACGCUGCCGUGCAGGAGAGGGCGAUAGGCACGGCUCGCCACACCUGUAACGAGUGUGGGAAGACGUACGCCACCUCGUCCAACCUCAGCAGACACAAGCAGACGCACCGCAGCCUCGACAGCAAGAUGGCCCGCAAGUGUCCGACGUGUAAUAAAGUGUAUGUGUCCAUGCCGGCGUUGGCCAUGCACAUCCUCACCCACGACCUCAAGCACAAAUGCGACGUGUGCAGCAAGGCCUUCAGCCGGCCGUGGCUCCUGCAGGGUCACAUGCGCUCACACACGGGGGAGAAGCCCUUUGCUUGCGCCCAUUGUGGCAAAGCCUUCGCCGACCGCUCAAACCUCCGCGCCCACAUGCAAACACACUCUGCCUUCAAGCACUACAGAUGCAAGCGCUGCAAUAAGACCUUUGCUCUCAAGUCCUACCUGAACAAGCACUAUGAGUCGGCUUGCUUCAAGGGCUCUGCAGACGAAGACGACUCUGGAUCAGACAACUAACGGCGUGGAAGUCGUAGGAUUUUAGCUUCACAACUGGUAACUCAGAUCACUCUGCCCUCCAUGCCUUUUUUCUUCCCUUUUUUUAGAAAGCAAUAUUUUCACUGAGAUUACGAAGAAGCUCUAACGAUAACGGCAAAGACAAUUUCAGAAGAUGCUGGAUUUUUUUCCCUGCACAGUAGCUAAUCGUCCACAGAUAAAUACAAUCAAUGACCUUUCCUAAAUAGAAACUGUAGAUGAUAGUUGUACACAUAAGCAACUUGCUCACACACUGACUGAACACACGUAUACACACAUUCACGAUUAUAUACGAGGCCUGGCAUGUGAAUUUUUAUCAAUGACUAUACUAAUAUCGAUAGUAAUAAUAUUUAGAUUCCUGAUAUUUUAUAGCAAAUAGUAAUGAGAAAAUGACCCAAAAAAAACCUAAACAUAAAAAGGACAGUGUUCUUUUGUUUUUUAGAGACAAAAUGACCUCUUGUAUUUUUAUGCUGCUUUUUAUUUGCUAAGAAUUGCAUUAUUUUGCAACUGCCAACAUGAACUUUUUAUGAAAAUGUGAACAAUGACAGUAUUUGCAAAAAAGAGGAGGGGAGAUCGUUUUAAUAUGGUUAAGAGACAACCCCCUUUUUCCACACCAAUGUUAUUUUUCUAUUUGAUUUUUCUAAAAUUAUUUUUUUGUGCUUAGUAUCCCUUGUUAAAAAAGCAUCUUUGUAACUGCGGGUAUUCCAAACCUUUUAAAAAGCUCUCCAUGUUUCAACUCUGUAAGAGCUAUAAUGUGC